AUUUGGAGUGCGUCAAGUUCACUGUAGCAGACAACCAUGGGAGACAAGGAGCAGCUUAUAACAGACGAGUGCUUGGAAUCAAGCAAAAUUGUGGUUAAGAAACAGCCUGCUGCCAAAGUGCCUUGGUACUUUGCCAGCGGCUUUCUGUUCUUCUGGGGACUUUUGUUCUUUGCCAUUGUAAUACCACGCUUCUAUAAGCUGCCUCAGGCCAAUACCAUGGAGGAUGUCAAAAAGGGUGUCUUCAUUGCCGAACGUGCCUACAAAAAUCUCUACCAUUUGGUAAACAUUGGCACCAAAGUUACAGGCUCUGUGCAAAAUGAAAAUCAAACGGUCAGCUAUAUACUACAAGAGCUAGAGGCUAUAAAGGCUGCCUCCUUGCAGGAUCUUUUUGAUAUAGAAAUUGAAGUAGCUCAAGGUUCAGGCGCUUUUGUACGAGGUAAUUAUCUCAAUAUGUACCGAGGUGUCCAGAAUAUUGUGGUCAAGUUCUCAACGAAGAAUUCAACAAGUGAAACAUAUCUGCUGGUCAACAGUCAUUUUGACUCCAAGCCAGCAACACCUUCUGCAGCAGAUGCUGGUUCUAUGGUGGUUACUAUAUUGGAAGUACUACGUGUUAUGUCGACGACAAGGCAAAGAUUUGAUCAUCCCAUUAUUUUCUUGAUGAAUGGCGCUGAAGAAAUGGGCUUGCAAGGCGGACAUUGUUUCAUGACUACACACAGAUAUGCCAAGUACUGCAAAGCUGUGAUCAACUUGGAAGCCGCUGGCAGCGGUGGCAAGGAAGUGCUUUUCCAGAGCGGUCCCAGACACGCCUGGUUAAUGAAGUACUAUCAGAAACUCAUUAAGCAUCCUCUGGCAACGGCUAUGGCUGAGGAAAUCUUUCAAUCCGGCAUUAUACCCUCUGAUACGGACUUCACCACAUUUAGCAAAUACAUGCCUGGCUUUGAUUUUGCACAGUUCAUCAAUGGUUAUGUCUAUCAUACAAAAUAUGAUCUGCUGGACAGAAUUCCACGCGAAUCCUUGCAGAAUACUGGCGAUAACACAUUGAGCCUGGUGCGCGGCAUGGCAAAUGCCACCGAGCUGUAUGAUACUGCGGCCUACAAAAACGGAACUACUGUCUUCUUUGACUUCUUGGGGCUGACUCUGGUGCAAUACCCUCUUGCCACUGCCAAGAAUUUGAACUUUGGUGUCGCAGCUGCUGCCGUGCUGCUGGUUUUCAUUUCCAUGUGGCGCAUGUCGUCCAUGUCUGAAGUCACCAUUUGCAACGUGAUUGUCCGUUUUAUCCUCGUGCUUGUUCUACAACUCGUCAGCUUCGUGCUGAGUUUGGCGUUGCCUGUGGCUGUGUCUUAUGUCUUCGACAUGUUUGGCAUGUCCUUGACUUACUACAGUACUCCUUGGUUGAUGAUUUGCCUGUACGUGUGCCCCUCUCUGCUGGGACUUUCUCUUCCCAUCACCAUCUACAUGUACUUCCAGCGCAACGGCAAAAAUCUGCGCUGCUUAUCAUUUGCAAUUGGUACCUCCAUGCUCAAGCUAUCAUUCAUGGGUCUGCUUGCUGUGGGCGUCACUUACUUGGGCUUCCGUUCUGCUUUUAUUUUUAUGAUUCCACUUUUAUUCUACGUGGUGGCCUUGGCUUUCAAUCUGUUGACUACUUUGCAUGAUCGUGGCUAUGCCUUGGUCUGGAGUGAUCAAGGCAACUCAGAUUAUUCCCUUUCCUUUAUAGGCAGCUCUCACAUCUUAUCUGUUUCGUCGUGGCCCUUGGUUCCCAUGCAGGGACGCUUCAGGCGCUUGCAUUCGAAAUCCAGAUAUGUUGAUUUCAGGGUCUUGUUGCAUUUGGGUACAGUGCUUCUCUCAUUCAGCUUUGUGACCAAUGUACAACGCGUUUCUUAUAUGGCUGUUAGAAAUCGUUUCUAUGAAUACGAUGGCACUCUAAGCAAGGAUGAGUCUGGUUAUCUAUUCAACUUCCAAGAUCGUCGCAUGGAAAGAGCUUGGCUGGGAACCAGAGUUAACCUAACUGGCCUGCAGAGCAUGACUGCAAGAUGCCAGAACCAUAUGAUGUGUGGCAUGCCUUUGUUUGAUUCCCGUUAUGUUAAAAAUCGUCUACAAAGCAAAUUCUUGCCACGCACUGAGCCUGUUAUGCCACCAGGCAUAACUACACUCGAGCUGGUUAAUAAGACAAUGGUUAAUUCUACCGUAGCACGUUUCGAGUUCGAAAUGACGGGUCCACCAUAUAUGAGCAUAUUCUUCCAAGCCUAUGAGUAUGUAAAAAUCGUCAAUAUGUCAUUCCCUGGAGACUACUUGCAGAAACCACCACCACAUCCAUUGGCCCAUCAUAUUUACAUUGUCUGCGGCAAGGAUAGCUCACCGAUUAAAUUCCACAUUGAUUUAAUGAAAUCUGAUGCUGACUUCAAGGUGCCAUCUAUGGAAUUGGGCAGCUCUGGACAUUUUGUUACUGGAGAUAAUGAUCCGGAAACUGUUAGGUUCUCUUCCACAUUCCCCUCGUAUGCAGUGCAAGCUUUCUGGACAGCUAGUUAUACAAGACAUAUAUUUUAA